AUGGCAGACUCUGGGGACGAGGCAGACUCGCGAACAGCCUCAGUCGGUAUCCAGCGUCCUCGGUCAAAAAAUUCCUCCAACCGAGGCUCUGGCGAUAAUGACUCCCGACCCAAGAAAAGACAGCGACGGAAUCGAUCUCGCGCAAGCGACGUGAGCGACACUCUUCCUCGAGGCGCGUCUUUCAGCUCGAGCCCACUCGAGAUUGAUCCUGACGAGACAUCUUCUUCUGGAUCAAGCGCAGAAUCUGGGAGCAAUUCGGACUCGGACUCGCCUGAAAAGCCGGCCCCCGUCAAUCCUCAUGCAGGCAGCACUGCGCCUGCCAUCAGCUGGAACCAGGGCAGGAAAGCGCCCGUGCGGACAACACUUGGGAAGCGCAAGGCAUCGGGAGAGGUUCGACCGAAGGCUCAGGCUACAAAGCCCGAGUCUGAGCAGUUCACGACAGUGAAUGCGUUUUGGAAAAGUCGCGAUGGCUCAGCUUCACCUGAGCCUACCGAUGUCGCCGGGAAGCAAAAGGUCCAAGAUAAACUGGAUGAAUCGAGUGACUUGGAAGAAGGCGAAGUGGACUCGAGAAGUGACUCUGACGCAGUGUCUCUAGAUUCUGAGGCCGAUGAUUCUAUACUGCUGAACAUCGACCCCAAGGCCGAGGGUGGCGCCGUUGAGGAUAGUAACCAGGAAGAUAUGGCUGUUACGAAUGGGCACACAAACGGCGCCGUAAAUGGUGUGUCAGGUGGCUCUUCUGAGAGCAAGGAAGCGGCAUUUGAACUCUACGCAAAGAAAUACCCCACAACGCCAGCUACCUUGGUCGAUCUGGACAAGAAAGAUAUGGAAAUCCAGGCUCAAUUCAUAUACUGGGAUCGUGAUAUCAAUGACAUUGAUCUUCAGCUCCCGGUGGGCUGUACUGAAUGCCUUCAGUAUGGCCAUCAGGCUGCAGUGUGCCCUACAAAAGAGUGUGUGCACUGCAAAGCAUGGAAUGAGCAUAUUAGCACACAAUGCCCCUCAUGGAGAAGAUGCCAACGGUGCCGGGAAAGAGGACAUACUGAUAAAGAGUGCUCAUCACCGUUGAAGAGCUCCGCUUCUGAGGUCCCUUGCGAUCUCUGCGGGUCCUCAGAGCAUCUUGAGUCUUCAUGCGAUUGGCAAUGGAAGUUCCCGCUGCGCGAAACCUCCUCAACAGAGGUCAGGGUAUCGAUCUCAUGUGCCAACUGCUGCAGCGGAAGCCAUCUCAUCGGUGAUUGCCCAUCUCUCCGCCGGCCUCUCAAUACCACAUGCUUUACACUCAAGGGUAUCGACCCUGAUAUCAUCGUCAACCUUAACACAGCCCCCAAAGAGGCCCCGCCACCCAUCAACUACAAACAGGGUCGUAGGGGGCGAGGAGGGGCUCGUGGCGGUAUCAACACUCGCUCAUCAUCCCCCUCAAGUGACGAUUUGCUGCCUCGCAAGGGCACAAAGCCCCAGCCCAUCUCUCGUGGACGAGGCCGCGGAUCGCACAUCCGAUUUAACACUGGUCCUCCACCUCCUCGCAAUGGUCCUGGGCCCGAUAAAUCUCGGGGCAGGCCCCCACCAACUCGUGGCCGGCCACAGUUUCCUGGGAAUAACACCCGCCAGCGUACACUUUCUCCACUUCCGCGACAGAACUUCCCUCGUGGCCCUCCUCCAAGGGGUCGCGGUCGCGGUGGUAAUGGUCGCGGAGGGCCGCCGUCGCGCGGUGGAUUCCGAGGUCGCAGAGGAAAAUAG